CAAGCCAUCACACUAUUCAUCACAAUUCUUUACUUGGCUGAUGUCCUAGUUCCACUACCCGGCAUCAAAUAUGGCAAGCUACACUGGUACAGAACCAAUUUAUUUGGGCAAUACCCGUACCUCAUUGCUAUAGCACUCUCAUGGGGCUUUUGCUUAAUUCUUACGUUAUUCGAUCUCACGGAGCGAGGUGGCCCAGCACGUGUUGAUAUACCGCACAAAGUUCAAGCGAUCAAAAAUUCAGCCUGGAUAGCGGUACCGUAUCCGGGCAAGUUUGGCCCACCCACUUUUAAUGUUAGUCUCUUCAUCGCCUUCCUCCUCUCCGCCAUGACUUCCGUCUUCGAAUCUGUUGGUGACUAUCAUGCAGCAGCUCGAAUGUCUAUGGAAAGAGCUCCACCAAGUCAUGCUAUCAAUAGGGGCAUUCUUGCCGAGGGAAUGGGAUCGUUCAUCUCUGGGCUCCUUGGACCUGCGGUAGGUAUGACUACCCAUACGGAAAACAUUGGUGUAAUCGGGGUGACCCGGGUAGCAUCUAGAUGGACAAUGGUCGUUGCUGGAGUGUUGUUAAUUGCUUUAGGAGUUUGCACAAAGAUUGGCGCGAUUUUAUCUACAGUUCCUGAUCCGCUAGUGGGUGGAAUUCUAGCAUCAUCAAUGGCUAUGGUAGUUGGUGUAGCUGUGUCGAAUUUGCAAACGGUGGAUAUGACCAUGUCACGAAAUAUGGGAAUCCUUGGCUUCUCCAUGCUGUUUGGAAUGAUUGUUCCGGAAUAUUUCCGACGAUAUCCCGUAUACACUGGUUUCCUGAUGCUAGAUCAAAUUUUGAAUAUUUUGCUACAAUUACAAAUGUUUAUCGGAGCGCUGUGCGCAUGUCUUCUGGAUAACACUGUUGGAGGUGCUACGCGAGAACAGCGAGGUCUGCGAUCUCGAGGAAUUAUUCACGAAAUUGCGAUGGAUGAUGAUACGUACUGCUAUCCACCAUUAGUUAUGAAAUUUUUGAAUAAGAUCCCCUUCAUAAACUACUUACCCUGUAUGCCUAAAGAGAAAAAAGCGACAAAUAAAGUACACGAAUUCUCGUCGGAUGAUCUCAAAGCUGAUGAGGUGCGAUUAUGAUG